UUAAUUAUAAAUAUUGUGUGAGAAAGAGCGUUGUUUUUCUAAAUUUCAGGAAAAAGGAGUGGUAUGGUGAAAGAGCGAAAACAACCAAACGGCUAUAAUUAGCGUUGCAGAGUGUCCAAGUGGUGGACAUUUAAGAUCGUUGUAUUUGGGCGGAGCGUAGUUUUUUUCUUUGCCGGAUUUUCUCUGAGAAUAUUUGGCCUUUUGUGGGGGGUUCUGAUCUGGGGGCUUAAACGAUCUCUGUGGUUUGUGCAGAGGUUGAUUGAUUAGCGGAGAUAUAGGAGUUUAAUUUUAGUGCGAUUAAAAUUGGGGAAUUUAAUCAUGACUGAUGGGUACUAUAAUUCCAAGAAAACUGAUGAUAUAUGUGAAGACAUUUGUGGAGAGACGUCUCGUGGAGUAUUGACCAUGUCAAGGCUCCGAUGUAUGUUUCGGGGGUUAGAUAUGAGGAGCUAUCUUUUUGUGUUUGUGUUUAUCCCAUUAUUUAUUUUUGGCAUCUAUUUGCAUGGCCAGAAAAUCACCUAUUUUCUAAGACCAAUAUGGGAAUCUCCGCCAAAGCCUUUCAAUGUGAUUCCGCACUAUUAUAAUGGAAAUGUGACACAAGAGACUCUUUGCAAGCUUCAUGGGUGGGGAAUUCGUGAAUCCCCAAGAAGAGUCUUUGAUGCAGUGUUGUUCAGUAACGAAGUAGAUAUUCUUACAAUUCGAUGGAAGGAAUUGUAUCCGUACAUUACCCAGUUUGUGCUUCUUGAGUCAAACUCAACAUUCACUGGCUUACCCAAACCAUUGCUUUUUUCAAGCAAUCGGCAGAAUUUCAAGUUUGUGGAGCCUCGGCUGACUUAUGGGAUGAUUGGAAGAAGGUUUAAGAAACAUGAAAACCCUUUUGUUGAAGAGGCAUAUCAAAGAGUUGCACUGGACCAGCUUAUUAGAAUAGCUGGGAUAGAAGAUGAUGACUUGUUGAUAAUGUCUGAUGUUGAUGAGAUACCUAGUGCUCACACAAUUAAUCUUCUGAGAUGGUGUGAUGGCAUUCCUCCUAUCCUCCAUCUUCAGCUGAGGAAUUACUUGUACUCCUUUGAGUAUUACUUAGACAGCAAGAGCUGGAGAGCUUCAGUUCACAGAUAUCGCUUGGGUAAGACUAGGUAUGCACACUUCCGUCAAACUGAUCUCCUCUUGUCAGAUUCAGGAUGGCAUUGUAGCUUUUGCUUUCGCCAGAUCAGUGAUUUCGUAUUCAAGAUGAAAGCCUACAGCCACUAUGACCGAGUGAGGUUCUCUCAUUAUUUGGAUCCCAAAAGGAUUCAGGAUGUAAUAUGCAAUGGACUUGACCUAUUUGACAUGCUUCCUGAAGAAUAUACAUUUCAGGAGAUUAUUGGGAAGAUGGGUCCUGUGCCUCGUUCUUAUUCAGCGGUUAAUCUUCCUGCAUAUUUGUUGAACAAUGCUGAGGACUACAAAUUUCUCUUACCCGGCAACUGCAAAAGAGAAGGUGGCUAAUAUUUUAUUUGCAGAUGUGGUUACAUUAUACAAAGUUUAGAGAUUGUGCUUUUGCACCUGAAUGGGCUAUAUUGCUCGUUGUAACAACAGUGAGGUUUCUAUACAGGCAUACCGUAUAUUAGAUGGAAUCUACGUCAUUCUUUAUAGAUAUAUUCUUGGGAUCUUGGAUUUUGAGGGGAAACUCUUGUAUAUUUUCUUUGUUUCGGAGGUGUAUCCAAUUUUCCCCUGGAGAGCUGGCUAUGAGCAGAAUAGAAUGAAGACUCUGGCAAGCCUACUGUCUGUUGUCAGUAAGGCCUAAUCCCCGAAUUGCUAGAUUAGAAUGACAUUUCCCGCAUAUUUUUUAGGAUGAGAAUUUUGCUUUCUCAAACUAAUUUUUAUCGUAUAUCUCUUGUUAUUUAUGUAUUGCUUAUUAACUCCUAGAUUUGUAAAUCUACUUUCUUUUGUAUCUGUAUUAAUUGUGAUGAGGGUUCAUUCUUUCUCCAUACCAUCCCUAAUAUUGAGAGAAUCUUUAUCA